AUGGCGAAGAGCUCCGAAAAGGUACUUGAUGCAGUGGCGGCUUUCCGAAUAGAGACGGAUUCUGCUUGGGUCGAGAUGAUGGAGGUGCAAGUCAUGGUCACUCCGCCGACGCGAGCACCAAAAAAUCCAUUCAGCUCUUUCUUUCGCCCGAAGAGGCAGAUGUUCGCUGGCCUACCAGCGUGGUGCCAUUGUGAGCCAGAAACUAUCACAUGUCCUCCUGGGCCUCCAGGUCCACCUGGACAGCCUGGAAUGCCAGGAAAUCCUGGACCACCAGGACCACCGGGUCAAGACGAUAUGACCGUUUAUGCACCAAUUCAUUGCCCACCGCCUGACCAUGCAUGUGUCAGAUGCCCACCAGGGCCGGCAGGUCCCCCUGGACCCGACGGACCUCCAGGAAAUCCCGGGAUGGACGGUAGGCCUGGAAGUCCGGGGACCCGUGGGAAGAACGGUCCACCUGGACCAGCAGGACCUCCAGGUGAAGCUGGACAAGCUGGCCAUCCAGGCAUGGACGGUCGACCGGGAGCACCUGGAAUGGAUGGAAGGAAGGGUGUGGGACAGCCUGGAAUGCCAGGACCUCCGGGGCCACGCGGUGAGAUGGGUAAAACUGGACCUAGUGGCAAAGACGGCGAACCUGGUCGAGCGGGUCCUCAAGGACCUCCAGGACAGCCUGGUAUGCCGGGAACGCGAGGAAGUGAUGGACACCCGGGUUCAAGUGGAAUGCCUGGACCACCGGGAAAAGAUGCGCAUUAUUGCCCUUGUCCACGUCGCAGUCAUAUGCGCAGAAGGAAGAAGAAGUUCUUUUAA